CCCUUUUUUGUGUGGAGGGGCGGUCUCAAGACUACAGUCUCUCUCUCAGCUGAUUCCACCCUCCUCUCCGUUGUUUUUUUGCAGAAGGAGCUGCUUUGCACGGAGGUUGGGGGGUAACACAGAAGAGGUUAUAUAUAUAUAUUUUAUUUCCCUUUAUUAAAUGAUAAUCUUCUUUCUGCGUGUUUAGAUUCCCCUCCAUCUCUCUUUCUUUUUUUUUGUUCCAGUUUGAAACGUCGUCGUUGUUUUUGUUGCUGCUGUGUUAAUCGUUUUGUUGUUUUAAAUAAUACUGUUAAGUUUUUGUUUGUUUGUUUGUUUUAACUUCCACAAAAACAAAAAAAAAGGCUUUAAAUUGAAAAAAAGUUAAGGCCUCUUCGUUUUUAAAUAAUAGCCGUUAUUAAUUUUUUUUUUUUUAAAGCUGUAUGACUAUGUUGUUUCUGGACACCCAGGUCAGUGUGAGUGUUUUCACCUCAGUGACUGACAGCACCGAUGAACCGCUCCGAGCGGCGGUCCCUCCGUCGGUGGCGCUGGGGUUGACGGUGGUCUACACGACCCUCUACUCGCUGCUGUUUGUGUUUGUUUACUUGCAGCUCUGGUUGAUACUGCAUUACGGCCACAGGCGCUUCAGUUUCCAGAGCGUGUUUUUGUUUCUUUGCCUGCUCUGGUCCGCGCUCAGGACUACACUUUUCUCCUUUUAUUUCAAAAACGUCUCCCAGGCUAACCAGUUGCAGCCCGUCCCUUUCUGGCUGCUCUACUGCUUCCCCGUCUGCUUGCAGUUCUUCACCUUGUGUCUGCUCAACCUUUAUUUUGCACAGGUCAUGUUUAAGGCCAAAGCUAAAUAUUCUCCAGAGCUCAACAAAUACAAGGUGCCGCUGCGGCUGGCCUUCCUGUUCAUGAGCCUCUUCUUCCUGGUGGUGAACGUGACGUGUGCCAUGCUGCUGCAGGGCAGCGUGCCGGACGCGGAGCUCAAGCACGCCGUCCUGGCGAGGGUGCUCAUCAAUGACAGCCUCUUCGUCCUCUGCGCCGUCUCGCUCGCCGUCUGCAUCUUCAGGAUCGCCAAGAUGUCCUCUGCCAACGUCUACCUCGAGUCGAAAGGCACAUCUGUGUGUCAAGCCACAGCAAUAGGGGUGGCAGUGAUCCUGCUCUACACCUCCAGAGCCAGCUAUAACCUGGUGGUGGUGGCUCUGUCUCCCGAGGACCGGCCCAGCUCCUUCAACUAUGGCUGGUACAACGUCUCCGAUCAGGCGGAUGUGGAGAAGAUCAGCGGGGAGGCCUAUGUGGUGUUCGGGAUCAUCCUCUUCUUCUGGGAGCUCCUCCCUACCAGCCUGGUGGUGGUCUUCUUCAGAGUGCAGCGGCCCAAUCAGAACCUGACGUCAGGAGGAAUGAUAAACAGCCACAGUUUCAGCUCCAGAGCGUAUUUCUUUGAUAACCCACGCCGCUACGACAGCGAUGACGACUUGUCUCGGAGCAUGGGGUCCCGGGGAGAGAGGAACAGUAUCCUGUCCUCCACGCCGCAGUCGGGAUCCGGCUGGUAUGGAACGAUCCGGAGGAACGGCAGCUUCACCGUGGUGCCACACCUGCUGAACGGGCCACCCGCUGCCACGGCCCCACUUCUACUGGCCUAUGGCAACGUGCAGAACAGCCACCACCACCACCAUCACAACUACUACUCGACUCCGCAGAACCACUGCACCGCUCCACAGAACCACUGCUUCACUCCGCAGAACCACUGCUCCACUCCGCAGAACUAGCAGCCACAGCCUGCAGAGCCACACUCCACCCUGCACAGCUCUGCAAACUAGACCAGCUCCCCGCUCUGAAGAACGUGUCGCUCCCAGCCGCUCUGGUCCAGGGGUAGUAGAUUCAUUAAUGUGAAGGUGCAAAAUUCAUGGUUACAGCAAGGUCAGGGUCUGGAGCAAUAUUUCCGCAUGGACUGCUAUAACCAUAUCCACACACACACACACACACACAGAGUUAUAUUACACAUGUUGUUGCAGGUGUCAGAGUUCAUCACUAGGUUUAAAGGAUCAUUUUUUUUGUUUAUUAGGAAUCUUUUGAUUUUAUCUUUUAUAAUAGUCUGCCUUCCUUGCUGCUGUCUUGUUACUGUAUGAGUCCAUUCAGAACAUACGAACGGUCCGUCUGUUCACUACCCCUGCUCUAGUCCACUCAGCAAAGACUUGUGAUGCCUAGACAACCGACUACACUCCUCAGAAAGUAGAUAUUGCUAAGCUACCUACUCCACUCUGCAAAACAGAAACUACACAAUUCUGCUAAACCAUUCUUCUUCUCCUCCACUUUGCAAAACUGUCUGCUCAACCCCAUAGAGCUGAACUGGUACUACUGCAUUCCACAGAGCCAUCCCUGGGGCAUGGGGGUGGAAGAGAGCAGGCUUCCUGUAGAGUUUUGGAAAGUUAGCUGUGCCUGGAACUGUUUACAAGAGAAGAGUUUGUGCGCUGACUCGACCUCCUUCUAUCCAGGGAGUCGUGUGGAGAAGAAAUGAACAUUCCAGUCCGAGGCACCUUAAUUAUAUCAUUGCUGAAGAGGUGUUUUGUUUUUAAACUGAAAAGAAAAGGUCUUUUUUUUUUUUCUUGUUUCGUACGGUACGUGAUCGCAGGUGUGGAGGUUUGCAGCUUUCCCUGCGGUCUGUCUGUCUGCAGUGGCUGACCCCAGAGCUUCCUGUGCACCUUUACUGAAACACUUACAAGGCGGGGUGUGAAUUUGCACUUGAAUCCUGCACAUUAUCAGUCUGGUCAGACACAUCCAAACCGCCCCGUCCUUCUUCUCAUGACCUCCCUGUGGGGCUCUUCUACAUGUUGUGUACAGUACCUAUAAAAACAUGCCAAUGUUGUCCUUGUGACUUGAGAAAUGAACAGCCCGAGUUUGAGCCAGGCCUGAUUCUGGCAUGGGGAAGCCUGCAUUUACUGUGCAGGGAAUCACAAGGUGUUUCCAGCUGGAUGUCCAUGCAGAGAAACGUUCCUGCAGAACAGAGAAAGGAUGCAAGUCUCUUCAAGCUGAUAGCAGCCCCCGUCUCGAGGGAGCCGACAGCAUCCUGACUCAUUCAGGGCUGCACAAAAGAGGCUUGAUUUGGAAGGGCGGGCAAAAGAUGUGUAAUAAAAUGGAAUUUUGUAGCAGUGCAGCAGAAUUUAAUUUGAGUGAGUCCCAAAUGAAAUGGCCCACUCAAACAGCUAUUUAAACAAACCGAUAGGGUUUGGUUGUCAGGAAUGCUAGAAAGACUUUUUUUUUCUUUUGCGUUGUUUUUUAUCAGCUAGAAGAAUGUGGCCUACGCAAUUCGAGUAGAGACCCUUAUUUGACUCCCCACCUUAUCGAGGAAGAAGGGGAAGGCUGGAGCAGAUCAGAGAGGCAGGACCCUCCACACCUGCCAGUUUAAAAGCCUUGUAUGUGCCCAUGUUCCACCCAUGUUCCCUCGUGCUCCAGUUUACAGUGUUGCUCCCGUCACUUCAGAGCAUCUCAAAAUGUGCCAUUAGAACAGAACCUUUGUUAUUGUAAACCAGUGCACUGUAGGAUAAAACAGUCAUGAACAGGCUAAAUAUCAUACUGAAUACAACCCUGGCAGGUGGUUUGUCUCAUUACCAGUUAAAAUUUGUCUUCUUACCUUUUAUAAAUAAUUGGCAGCCUUUUUAUUUAGGCUUUGUAUCACAGGGCAGCUUUCAGAGCAACUUAUUGUAAGUGAUAUUUUCAAGAAGUGUUCUCUGUGUUCAAAGCUCAAGCUUGAUUUCAGCAGCUUGGUGAACAGGGAUUGAAAGUGUUCAAACAGCUAGUUGGGCUCCAUAUUUACCAAACGUCAAGGUCCUUUUUGUUUUUGGAGAUCUAGACGUCUAGAUUUUAUUUUAUGUGACCAGGAAAGCGGGGCAAGUGCAGUGUGUAAAGAAUGAACCAAUCAGCAUGCGGGCCCAGGUCCCAACCUGAUACUGGGAGGGCCAAUCAGCUGGGGAUUGAGAGUCUGGUCAAGGGUCAGGGUUCUGAGGUUGUAGCUGAUUCUUGCCAUGAGUUACUGAACAGUGUUUAAUACAAGACAAGCUAGUCACUAAAGAAAGAAUCGGGUUUUGAGUUUGGGGUUUUCUAUUUGUUCUCUAAGACACUGCAGUCUUUCUUUCUGUUUUACCCCCAAAGGAAUGUCCUUGCAUAAAACCCGUAACCAUUGUUUUUUUUUUUUUUUUUCCUUUUCAUUUUUUUUUACAUUGAAUAGCAUUCCACUGUGUAAGCAUUAAGAGAAAUGACAGAUUGAGCGUGCGUGUGUGCGAUGACCGUGGGUUUCGGCUGAUGUUCAACUGUGUUUGGUGUUUAUUAUUGUUAUUGUUGUUAUUAUUCUGUUGAAUGUUAAACCUGUCUAGAUUGAAAUUGGAGUAGAUUCUGUCUUUGGGCUUGAGGUCUGGUAUUUGUUAUUGAGCUCUGGUGUCUGGGCUUGAGCUCUGGUGACUGGGUUUGAGCUCUGGUGUCUGGGGUUCAGCUCUGGUGACUGGGUUUGAGCUCUGGUGUCUGGGGUUCAGCUCUGGUGUCUGGGUUUGAGCUCUGGUGUCUGGGGUUCAGCUCUGGUGUCUGGGCUUGAGCUCUGGUGUCUGGGUUUGAGCUCUGGUGUCUGGGUUUGAGCUCUGGUGUCUGGGCUUGAGCUCUGGUGUCUGGGUUUGAGCUCUGGUGUCUGGGGUUCAGCUCUGGUGUCUGGGCUUGAGUAACAUGGGGGUGGGUGGGGUUUUGAGGACACAAUAAGAAUGUUUUCAUUUCUGUAAAGUGCGAAAGUAACUGUACUAACAAACAUAUCAACAUGCAAUGCACAGUGAAAAUAUAUACAGCCUGAGAGGGCUGCGAAGGGUGUGGUUCUGUCCCCUAAAUACUGUGUUUUUCUGCGCUGCCAUGUUGGCCAACCUGUAUUACAGGGACGUAUAAAGAGAUUCUGGUGGGCGCCUUACGCCAGGGCUGGCCAAAGUUGACCUGUACUGAAUUGUUUCAUUGAGCUAAUUAAACCUGCAUCCAGACCCUGAAGUCGUUCAUUAUCCCAUUUUACCUGUUAAACCUGGAGUGGAACGGCCCUCCAGGACUGUGAUUGGACACAUGCUAUCUGAAUAUAUUCUCUGUUGGUGGCUCAGUUAUGUCUCAUGAGGCUUAUGAAAUAAUGGGGACAAUCGGCAACACAAAUCACAUGCUUCUGUAGGAGAGUAAUGCAGCCUCUGUCCAAAUACCUUGGGGUCUGAGCUGCUGUGCAGGAUCCUCCGCCUCCUCUCGUGAUUAGGCUGGGGACCCUGACUUGUAGCACAGCAUUACUACGUUCCUUACCUGAGACCCUGGAUCAAUAGAAAAUGCUUAAAAGAAACAGUCUAGAGUCCCGGUCAGCCCUCAAGUAACCGUGCACAUGAAUGGGAGCUGUGGUUCAGACCCAACUCCCAGUCUUAGCACCUUCAAUAAGCACUUUGCCUUUAAUAGCGGUCUGUCCUCGCACCUCUGCAAGCACUGUGUACGUUACUGUCUGUGUCAUGCAUGAACUCUGUGACAGCAGCGUGAAACUCACUGACAUGGUAAACAAUUCAGCAUGGUACUCCCCGUGUCGCACUAACUGAUACAGAUCUGAAUUGAUACAAUCCGUGCAAACUCUUUAUGAGUUAGCUGGGUAUGACUGGUGCUCAGAUUAAUGCUGGUUCUGAAUCAAACCUGAGAAUGACCUGGCGUAGAUAAAGCUGUGUUUGCACAAACCUCUUCAGGGCUUUAAAAAUUUAACAAAUAAAUAAUUAAAUGCGGGGGUUGGCGGUGGUGUCUUUCACUCCACUUAGGUAAUCGCAGUGUAUUUCGUGAAUGUAUUUUAAGCCAAUGUUAUAGAAUCGGUUGGAAUGCAUUGUUGGCUGGGUUGCCAGUGAAGUAGUUUGAGGAUAAGAACUUCCUAACAUUAACUCUUAUCGACCCCUCUUUGGAAUGGAAAUGCCCUGGCUAAUUCGGAGAGGAGGGUGUCCUGGUUGCAAGCUGGGCUGCGCUCUCACAGGUUCCACUGAUCCGAACGUUUUGAGACUAAGGCAACCUUGGUUUUUUUUUUUUUAAGAAAAUGUGACUUGAGGAAGAAAAAAAAAAAGAAAAUGAAGUGUUGGAGAGUGAGAGGAGCCGGGCUGGCUGCGGGAGCGGCUGGGUUCCUGUUCAGACUCGGGAGUCAGUGUGUAGGGUUAUUUAUUUAAUCAUUUAUAUAUGUAUGUAUUAUUCUUCAGUGUCUCACAGGCUGGUCCACUCCACGUGUGCAGGGUUUGAGGGUGCUGGAUCUCGUGGUUCGUGAUUCUCCCAUUUUCAUUUGAAUGCACUUUUACUGUGAUUUAAAGAAUGUACCUUCGUUCUGAUAUUUAAAAUGGGAACAAAACUGAAAAGCAGAGGGGAAGAAAAAAGCAUUCCUCUUACACAGGAUGUUCCAAAUUGAGGGAUGUUUAACAAUUAAAUCGAAUAGAAAUGGUACGUGCCUAGGUUUGGGGGAUCCUCAGCUGCACGCUCUGCUUUCAGUAGGUUUUGUUCGUUGUGGUGCCAAACUUAGGACAGCAGGAAGAAAAAGAUCUGCCGUCCUGAUGCUUUGAACGGAGCAGAGGAUGUGCUGAAUUAGAUCUGGAAUUGGGGUGGGUGUCUGGAUGCAGUGCCUGAGGGGCUGUAGCACCUCAUCCAGGUUUCAGGUACUAGAAAGCAGUGCGGCUUUAAAAUGUACUUCAUUGGUACAAAAAACUGGACAGCUUAGGCCUCUGUGGCUGGGUUUGGGCACCCCUGUUCAAAGAGGCUGGUGUGUUUAUGAUGUAAUAGAAAACUAGUCAACACAUUGUUUUUCUUCUGAAUUUUCAGAGACUGACCAUUUCAUUUUGCUUUUGUCCCAUUUCCAGAUUGGGGAAUAAUUUAUAAAUUAGGUGCAAUAUUUCAGUGUUUGUUAAUUAAAUUGAGUACAAGUUGGCCCUUAAACAGCUAUUUAUUUAUAUAUCUCUCUUGUUUGGAAAGGGGCUGCGUUUCCACUGCCCAGAUCCUGAUCUCCGUGAGCAGUGACUGCUGGUCCCCUCCUUGGCAGGAAUCCGUCUCAUGUCGGUCUUGUGUGGAGAAGGGUUAAUAAAGCAUUCUCAGUGCAGGUCGUGUGACUGCACACGACGUAGCGUUUCUCCAGAACAGUAACAAGGUGUCCCAUUCCUGACCUGAACUUUAAUAUUGCCCCCCACAUCUAAUGAAAUAACGAUCCCCGCUUACUCUGUUUUAAUCGAGGGCUCUGUGAGAACGCGUCCGAUCUGGGCAGUGGAAACUUGGGUUUCUCAUUUCUUUUUACAGUGCAAUAAUUCAUCUAACCAAUUCACAUGACAGCUACUGAGCUGCCAUAGGGACCAAAUAUUGAAUUCCACUUAUUUGCCUAACUGUUGGAACUGUGAUAAUCUGAGUGCGAGAGAGGUCGACUGGUUUUAUUCAAGUCAAAAUACAUCCAAAACAAUCCCUUAGUUGAGAGGCCACUAUCAUACUAUCAGGCAGUGCUGCCCUGUGUGGGUGUGGGGGGGGUUCCUUGUGCUUCCCAUGUAACACAAUGUCAUAAAGGUGAUCAAACAUGGACAGUAUAUUCCCAAACAAUCCAUAUGCUAUGUAUUUAAAAUGUUACAUUUUAGAUCGAUUAGUUUCUGUGAAGUUAACUGGUGUAUAUCAGCUUCUCUGACAUUGUUUGUUUGAUUGAUUGAUUGUUUUUUUUUGUACCAUUUGUGUCCUGAGGAAUGUAACAGAUUUAUCUAGAUUUCAUAGUUCACUAAUCUGUGUGCAAGCACUACCAUGUUUCAAUAAAGUCUUAUUGCACUGUUUUAAAA